AUGACUAACAAGGGAAUCGGUUCUGCCAGCCCAAUGGAGCCAGGACCCUGCAAGCUUUUCAUCGGUGGCAUCUCGGCGCAGACAUGCACCGAGGCACUGCAUAGACACUUCGCCAAGUACGGGCAUGUCAUCGAUGCAGUUGUCAUGUCCAGAGAUGGCAAAGCGAGAGGCUUCGGGUUCGUGACCUUCAACUCCAUCGUGGCAGCUGUGAAUGCCCUUUCGGAGCCACAGUGGCUGGAUGGGCGUCUUGUCGACGUAAAGCGAGCUGUUCCUGGAGAGCGCGUCCAGGAGAGAAGCUCAAACAAGAUCUUCGUUGGCGGUCUCCCACAGGACGUCACAACCGAAGCACUGCGUGAGUAUUUCGGUGCCUAUGGUUCUGUGGCGGACGCUGUUGUGAUGGUGGACCGCCGCACUCGACGCUCUCGAGGGUUUGGCUUCGUGCGCUUUGGCAAUGGCCCUCAAGGGGCCCAAGCGGCACAGGCAGUGCUGAUGGACUUUUCCGAUCACUGGCUUGGAGGUUCUUCGUGA